AUACUAUUAACAUUUAUGUUAUAAUUUUAUUAGUCAUUGUCAUAUACUUGUGGAUUUUUUCUGUAACUUGGAAGGAAUGAAAAUUACUCUUGUAAUUAAAAGUUGAUAAUUCACUAUUUACUAAUUUCUAUACAAAAUAAAUAAAUAAAUAAAUUACGUCUGAUGUAGACACGUUAAGCAUACUGUAACAGAUUUUCCCGCCGAAGAAGAGAAUAUAAUCGUAUCUACAUUUACAGUCAUUUCCAGUCACCGUCAUCAACCAAUCACCACCGCUUGUACGUUUUAAUGGCGGCGAAACCGACGAUGAUUCUUCCGGUAGUUCUCCUGGUAGCUAUCCUUUCCUUCACCAACGCUCUCCCAUCGGAGACCAUCUCCAACGCCGCCGAAACUCUCUCCGAUUCCGGCUACAUCGCUAUGUCCUUAACCCUAAAUCUCGUCUCCAGCUCUUUACUAUCUCAAACUAGCUCCGCCACCAUCUUCACGCCUCCUGACUCUAUCUUCACUGAACUCGGCCAACCUCCUCAGUCUCUCCUCGAACUCCACAUUUCACCAUUAGGUUUCUCCUUCCCUGGUCUCCGUUCCCUCGAUCCUGGCACCAAAAUCCCCACUAUGUCCUCCGACAACUACCUCACCAUUACGUCCCCUUCAUCAUCCGAUCAGGUUUCUAUAAAUAACGUGAAAAUCCUUGGAUCUCCGAUUUUCGACGACGGAUCGCUGAUAAUUUUUGGUAUUGAGAAAUUCUUCGAUUCUAAUUUCACUGUCUCUGAUUCUCCCGCGCAAAUCCCAAGCAUCAAUGAUUGCGAGACACCUUAUAGUGGUGGUAACAGUUUUUCGUUCCAUGAAGCCAGUAACGUGUUAAUCUCGAGAGGAUACUCUGUGAUGGCUUCGUUUCUAAAUCUGCAAUUGCUAGGUUUUCUGAGUCAACCUAGUUUGACUCUUUUCGCCCCUGCUGAUGAAGUGAUGGUCGAUUAUUCAGGUCGGUUUCCUGAUUAUCCGUCACUGUUUCUACGGCAUGUGUUGCCUUGUAAGAUUUCGUUGAAAGAUCUUGUGAAUAUCGAAAAUGGAACGAAUAUGAACACGUAUCUGAAUGGAUUUAGAAUCAACGUUACUAGAUCUGGUGCUACGUUGAAGGUGAAUGAACUUCCGAUUGCAUUUCCGGACAUGUAUUACAGUGAUUGGCUUGUGAUUCAUGGAGUUCCUGCUGUUCUUUCUCUUUCUGAACCAGCGGACGACGAGGACAACGACGAUUCUGAUGGAGAUACUUUUGAUACAAUUCCUUUCCGUGAUUCUGGCGAUGAGGUGACAGUUCCCGAUGCUUCAACUCGCAGUACUGAAUUUUAAGCUGACAGAUAUCCUACAGAAGAUUUGCAAGUAAGCCCCAUGGUUACAUAUCCUUGUUACAUAAUAUUUUUUUUUCUGAAUUAGAAUUUUGUCGACUAAAUUGAUGUUGAUAGAACUCACAGAUUCACAUAAUUGAAGAUAGAAAUAUAUGCGUUUGACUACUUCCUUAUCUCUAUAUAUGUCUUGAUUUGUUCUCUGUUUGGUAUAAUUUCUGGAAUAUGGAACCAGUAUGAUCCUAUCUGCAAUAACAUAAUUAACAGUUUUAGUCUUGGAAUUGUUCCUAAAUCCAUAUUCAACUGAAUUCCAAAUCUUAGUAAUUAAUUAACCAUCAUCUUGUAAUUGUUUCAAGCACCCUGUAGCUACGAUUGUGUCAAAAGCUCUUAAUCUCUUGAAAUACUUUAGACAAAAUUUUCAAAUGCGUCAAUAUACCAUA